GGAAUUGCAGAACCGUGUUGCCAAACAAGUUGUUUCGUAGGCCAGGUUGAUCCGAAACAAAAGGGGAGAGACCGCAUAUAUGGAAAGCCCCAAACGGCCAAGCAUUUGUCGCUCAUUUCCAGUUGCUGCUCCGACGAACACAAUUUCAACAAAAUUCAUGGCUGCUACUGCUCUUGGAAGCGUCGCCGCCUCCUCAGCCUCAUCGACCACUCGUUUCCUCUCCACUGCGACCAGAGCUACAUUGCCGUUCUCUUCACGUUCAUCGUCUUUGUCCUCUUUCAAGUUUCUCAGAUCGGCUCCUCUCAUUUCUCACCUUUUUCUGAAUCAGGGAAGGCCGAGUUCUUGUGUAUCGAUUAGAAGAUUCAAUGCGGCGUCUCAUCCGAAAUGCUUAGCGUCGGACCCUGAGCAGCUGAAGAGUGCAAGAGAAGAUAUCAAGGAGCUCCUGAAAACUACAUUCUGCCAUCCUAUUUUGGUACGCCUGGGUUGGCAUGAUGCUGGAACUUACAAUAAAAAUAUUGAGGAAUGGCCGCAGAGAGGUGGAGCUAAUGGAAGUUUAAGAUUUGAUGUUGAGCUGGGACAUGGUGCUAAUGCUGGUCUUGUUAAUGCCUUGAAACUCAUUGAGCCUAUCAAAAAGAAGUAUUCUAACGUGACAUAUGCUGACCUAUUUCAGUUGGCCAGCGCUACAGCUAUCGAGGAAGCUGGGGGACCCAAAAUCCCCAUGAAGUAUGGAAGGGUAGAUGUUGUGGGGCCAGAGCAAUGCCCUGAAGAGGGGAGGCUUCCUGAUGCUGGCCCUCCAUCACCUGCUGCACACCUACGAGAAGUUUUCUACCGAAUGGGGUUGAAUGAUAGGGAAAUUGUUGCAUUAUCGGGGGCACACACAUUGGGGAGAUCUAGGCCAGAGCGCAGUGGUUGGGGCAAGCCAGAGACCAAAUAUACGAAAGAUGGACCUGGUGCACCUGGUGGACAAUCCUGGACUGUACAAUGGCUGAAGUUCAACAACUCAUAUUUUAAGGAUAUCAAAGAAAGGAGAGAUGAAGAAUUACUGGUAUUGCCAACCGAUGCUGCUCUCUUUGAAGAUCCAUCAUUCAAGGUAUAUGCUGAAAAAUAUGUUGAAGAUCAAGAAGCAUUCUUCAAAGACUAUGCUGAAGCCCAUGCCAAGCUCAGCAACCUUGGUGCUAAGUUUGACCCUCCAGAGGGUAUUGUGAUUGAUGAUGCAUCAUCAAAACCUGCAGGAGAGAAGUUUGAUGCCGCCAAAUACUCAUACGGGAAGGAUUGAUUAAAAACAAGUUUCAUGUUUUGUUGUGCCGUGUCUUUUAAUAAUACGAGUUGAGAAGAUAUAUUCAAAUCCUGACAUCUGUGAUGUCGCGUCUAAAACUUGGAAGUCUAAAAUGAAGCAGAAUGGAAUAAAAUUCAAUAGUGUAUUGCCUAUUUGAAUUGCAGAGAGAGCUAUCAGAUUCAAUGAAGCAGAAGAUUCGGGCGGAAUACGAAAGCUUUGGUGGAAGUCCAGAUAAGCCUUUACCAACAAACUACUUCCUUAAUAUCAUACUUGUGAUUGCUGUUUUGGCAAUUUUGACAUCUCUUCUAGGAAACUGAGGUUUUGAAUCUACCUUUAUUUCUCAACACAAUGUCUUCUGAUUUCACGAUCCAUUUCUAAUGCUUACCUACUUGAAAUUAACCA